AAGUUAAUUCAUGCUUAAAAAAUCAAUAUGUUAAUUUAGAGUAUCCCGAUUAUAUCUGGGAGGGUGAAACCUGCUACUCGGAUCAGUUGCAGCGACGCCAUGCUAACAGAGAGCGCGGACCUUCGGGAAUCGUCUUCUGCUCAGUCUCUGAAGAUUCGUCUUCAAGAAACCCUAACCUUAUGCUCCAAAUCGACCCAAGGUGAUGAUUCUGGUCAAACGGACAACGUAGUUUCAGAGCUGGUCUACUUCCUUGAUUCAGUAUCAGAUGCUGCUUUGUCAGAUCCAGAAAAUGAUGAUGCAAAGAAAAAUGCAUAUGAAGUUCUCCGGGAGAUUUAUAAAUAUUUGUCUUCUGCUUCAUUAGACCAGGAGGUCAUUGAUGUGCUUUCUUUUAAGUUGCCAAAAGCGGUUUCAAUGUUUGCUGGUGUGUCGGACAGCUGUUUGGUGACCUCUGAAAGUAUUAUUGAUUGGUUCAUAGAGAUGUGCAAUCCUAGGGACAUGCUGCCAGUUCUUUGCGAGGCUCUGAGCACCUCAAGUGGGACUGAUACUGCUUCUCAUCACAUCGCUCCUCUUCUAAGUGGGCUCUCAAAAGUUUUCCUUUCCAUUAAGCGGUGUCACUUCGAGCAAGUGAAAGAAGCAGUUCCUGUUAUCCUAGAUGUUUUAAAGGCUGUAUGUUCUGAGUCAGAUGAUGGGCCAACACAAUUCAUGGAUCUUUUUGACCGUACAAUUAAGAUUGCUGGUUCUAUACAUGCGGUUUGUGUGAAGCUGGAGUGCAAUGUUAAUGGAAAGCUCCGUGCACUACUGGGCUUAUAUGUUUUGUAUAUCAUGGCAAUUGUUUCAGUCAGCUGGACAGACAAAGUUUCAAGCUGUCUUCCUCUGGUGUCACAAUUAUCACACUUUCUCCCGUACUGUAGUUUGUCAUAUCUUGGUUUAAUUACUGGGUCUGAUGUCGACCAAAUAACUAGCAUUAUUGUAGGAGAUGAUGAUGAUGAUGUUUACUUGAAUUUUUUAUCCUACGUCAAACUUGGCUCAUGCGUUUCAGUGAUUUGGGGCUUUAAUGCGGAUGAAGUUGCUUGGGCUGCUAAUGAGAACUUGUCUGCUGUCAAGGACGAACUCCGGAGCAACCGGAUUAAUAGAUGGCAAGCAGUAGGCAUGUUGAAGCACAUAUUUUCCUCCAUCAAUCUGCCUUGGGAUUUGAAGAAACAUACAUUUGAUUUCUUGCUUUGCAUUAUGGAUGGAAAUACCUCCCACAAAUGUUCUGGCGAACAUCAAGACAACUCUAUAUAUAUGCCUACCCUCUUUGCUGCUCUGCAGGCUAUCACAUUGGCCAUCAUUUAUACUCCAGAGACGGUGCUAAGGAAGAACGCUUAUGAAGCAUUUAAAAAGGUACUUGCUGAUAUUCCAACUACUAUGAGGUUUGACAUUCUACAAGCUCUGAUAACAAAUUGUGACUCUUCCUCUAUGAUUGCAGUUCUCAUAGAUCUUGUGAGAGAUGAAAUGUGCUUAGAAAGUUUACAACGAAAAUCCGUAGGACAAUCUGAAGACCUUCACCCUGAAGAUCAAGCAAGGGAAAAUACAGUGUUUUGGACUGCUAGCGUCCUUGAACUGGUGGAGUUAAUUUUGAAGCCACCAAAAGGAGCGCCUCCAUCGCUUCCAGAGUUUGGUGAUGCGGUACUAUCUGCCCUCAACCUGUACAGAUUCACUUUGCUAGCAGAAGCUUCAGAUAAAACCAACUACACUGGAGUAAUGUCCAAAAAUAGUUUGCAGAAGGCGUACAAUGAGUGGCUGCUUCCUCUUCGAACACUUGUGAUCGGUGUCAUGGCAGAGAACAAUAAUGACUAUGGUCAGUUUGCAACUGACAUAGUAUGCGCUCUAAAUCCAGUUGAGUUAGUAUUGUAUCGUUGUAUUGAGCUUGUUGAGGAAAAGCUGAGACAUCCAACAUAGAUUGUCAACUAGAUGUUCAACGAUAGCUUCGCAACUUCCUAAUUGGUAAACCUCAUAUUACUUGAUGCGCGAGAGAGUGCAAGAGGGGUAUAUGUGUACUAGUCAGGAUGUAGGUUCAUCCUUCUAAACUCAAAAUUUUGUAUAUUGUUCAAUUUCGGUCCUGAUAAGGGGAAGACAGUUUGGGCAUUUCAGAUGUUUGUUUUGAUUUGAUGUGGAUUGACAUACUACAAACCUUGGGUUCAUUGUUUUA